UCCUGCACCAACCAGGUCACAUUAAGCAUCCACCAGCGCAACAUCUACAGCGCUUUCGUCAGACUUUUUGGGGCAGCGUCUGGGAUCGAACUGAUUUGCACUGGGACGAUUCGGAUUUUUCUUUUUUUAAAGAAAAUAAAAAUGGCUUUGAGAGGACCUCUAUCCCGUCUUCUCAGAUCUCAACUCGGCCACGCGUGCCAACAAAGCAGAGCUCAGUCCGUGGCUGUGCUGGGAGCUCCGUUUUCAAGAGGACAGAAAAGAGGAGGCGUGGAGCACGGCCCUAAAGUCAUCAGAGAUGCGGGGCUCAUCGAGAGGCUCUCCGGUUUAGACUACUCUGUCCACGACUUCGGCGACCUCAACUUCCACCACCUUGAGAAGGACGAACCCUACAUGAACGUCAAGUUCCCCCGCACUGUGGGUGCAGCAAAUAAAAUGUUGUCUGGCGCAGUGAGCAGAGCCGUCGGUACAGGACACACCCUUGUCAUGCUCGGAGGUGAUCACAGCCUUGCUAUUGGAUCGGUGGCAGGCCACGCCCAGCAGUGUCCUGACCUGUGUCUCAUCUGGGUCGAUGCUCAUGCCGAUAUAAACACACCGAUGUCUUCUCCAUCGGGAAACCUUCACGGCCAGCCUGUCGCAUUCAUGCUCAAAGAGCUGCAAGAAAAGAUGCCAGAUAUCCCAGGGUUCUCCUGGACGAAGCCGUUCCUCUCCUCGAGGGACCUGGUCUACAUUGGACUGCGGGAUGUUGACCCCGGAGAGCACCACAUCCUGAAGGACCUGGGCAUCCAGUACUUCACCAUGAGGGAUAUCGACAGACUUGGCAUCCAAAGGGUCAUGGAAGUCACUCUUGACCAUCUUUUGUCGAGAAAACAGCGACCAAUCCACUUGAGCUUUGACGUCGAUGCGUUCGACCCGUCUCUGGCUCCGGCCACAGGAACACCAGUGAACGGCGGUUUGACCUACAGGGAAGGAAUCUACAUCACAGAGGAAAUCCAUAACACAGGUCUGCUGUCAGCCAUGGACCUGGUGGAGGUAAAUCCGAUGCUGGGGGCCAGCCGUGAAGCGGUGGAGGCCACCGCCUCUCUAGCGGUGGAUGUCAUCGCGUCGUGUCUGGGACAGACGAGAGAAGGCGCUCACGCAUCCAUCGAUGAGAUUCCCUCUGUGAAGGACGACACGGAGCAGCUUCGCCUCUGAGAGCACGAAGCAAAGCUUUGAACUUUACCGACAUCAUCCCUGAGCAUUCCACAACAAUUCUGAAUACAAGACUGUAAAGAAAGAAUCUAAUAGUAGCUAACGGUUUUGUUCUAAUCUCUUUGCUAUUUAGAGUUAUGUUUCAUGAAGAAAACAAACGUAUGUCUGAAUUCUUUCAUCUAUAAAAAGGACUUUACAUAUUUGAGGUAAAACGUUCACGUUGAUAAUGCUCAGACAAAAUUAUUGAUGGCAAUACUGUUAAUUGAAACAGCAAUGCCAACUUAUUUGGCUCCUGUAUGUAUAAUAAGUUACGUGUUAGAGGACACAGGUGCCACAUAUUUAUUAUGCGUUUGGUUUAAAAGAGAAUGAACCUGCCCCAGAGGUAUGAUAAACCAAGUUUGACUUAUUUUCAAGCCCACGGUCUAACGUGGACUCUCUCAACUGUUUUGUGGCUGUGUCCGUUACUAAAAGUUAGAAAUGAUGUGUUUGCACUUUGGACCAGCUGUGGUUAAUGUAUUUUCUUUAGAGUUUACUUUUGUAUUUUCACUAUGAACCUAGCAGUACAUGUAUUAGCAUCCAGCUUUGAUUCAAAAUGGAUUUGGAUUUAGGUUUGAUCUGAACUAAUGUUUGACUUGAUGUGGCCACUAAACGACUAUUGUCUAUGUAACAAAGAGUUUAUACAAUAUUUUGGGCUUCCAUAAAUGUGAUGGCAUUUUUUGUUAGUG